AGCAGCAUCCCGGGGAGAAGAUGGCUCAGCCUGCACCCCUGAACCAGAACCUCCCAGAUCUCGGGGGCCCAUUCUUGUACCGGGACCAGGACGAUGGGGAGAAGAGCUCGUAUUCAGUGGAAACCCCCUACGGCUUCCUCCUGGACCUGGAUUUCCUGAAAUACGUUGAUGACAUCGAAAGCGGCCAAACGCUCAAGAAAGUGCCGCUGCCUCGCAGGGCGAAAGGGGCCCGGCAGCCGCCCAGUGCCCUGCGCAGCCCCAGCAGCCACGCCAGCGCCUGGACCUCCACCGAGUCCCUCGCCUCCACGGCCAGCGAGGAGGGCAGGACCGCGCUGCUGCUGUCCCCGCACGGCCGGGCACCCCUGGAGCCCCUGAGCAAGCCAGCCUCCCACCCCGUCUCGCCGCCGCCGGCGGUACGGCUGCUCCCACCUCCCACCCGCAAGUGCCUCGUGCGAAACCCACGGGUGGAGAAGACCUUGCUGGAGACGAGCAGGAGGCUGGAGCAAGAGCAGGGCCAUCUGCAGGGUAUCGGUGGUCCCCCCCGCGGUGGCCCGCUGGGCGCCCCGAGUCAGCCACCCCCCUGGGUGCCAGUAGGCACCGAGGGCCAGGCGGGCUGGGGACGGGUGAGCCCUGGCAGUUCAGGGCACAGCACGCCGGCGGCGGGGCUCAGCGCUGCCCCGCUGCAGCACGUGCGGGAGCAGAUGGCCGCAGCCCUGCGGCAGCUCCGGGACCUGGAGGAGCAGGUGAAAACCAUCCCCCUCCUGGAGAUGCAGAUCUGCGAGCUGAAGAGGGAGAAGGCGAAGCUGAUGGAGAAGCUGUUGGCGGAGCCUGGCGAGGCUUUUGGCCGCCCCCCUGGCUCCGAGGCGGUGGGAGGGGGCGAGGAACCACCCCAAGCGGGGCUGGAGAGCGAAGCGGAGCCGGCAAAGGGGCGAGUGAGCAAGAUCGCGGAGCUGAGGAAGCUGACGGAGAAGCUGGCCGUGCCAGAGCGGGGCGGCAGGGCUUGGCCGGGCAGGAGCCCCAAGGCUGCCGAGAGGCCAUGCCGCUCUGUGGCGGUGGGCGAGGACCGGGCCAUGACCGAUGCUGUCUUCUACUACCGGUCACAGCAGGAGGGCGGCGACGUGCCGGACAGCGGGGCGAGGGAGCGCAAGGACGCGGCCGUCUGGGUGCUGGAGUCCUCGCUGGGGCUGGCCAGCGAGGCAGAGCAGGAGCUGGAGCUGCUGCAGCAGACGGUGGGACACCAGAAGGAGGUGAUCGCCCUGAUGGAGGGGCACCUGCGGGAGGCCACGCAGGAGCUGGAGGAGCUGCGGCUGGAGGUGUGCGCCCGCCGGCCCCGCGGGCAGGCGGACAAGGAGGUGACGGCCAAGCCGCAGGUGGCUGAGGCGCUGGUGGAGGCGGCGGUGGCGACACAGAGCCGGGCGGCCGGCGACCCCCCAGAGACGGCGGAGGCAGGCGUGGGGUGCUGCCCACCGACCAUCUGCGUCGGCGUGGGCUGCCGCCCCGACGGGCGGGACGUGGCGGUCGGACCCGAUUCGGCCACCAGAUGUGAAGACAAGGGCAGCCAGACCGACAUGGGCAGCACCGUCCCGGCGGGUGAGGAGAUGGAGCCCGGUGCGGGCGAUGCCCCGAGCGGCCACUCGGCACAGGGUGCAGGAGCAAUGGGGGGGACGUGCCAGGACAGCCCGGCCCCCAGGGCAGCCACACCAGAGACAACGCACAGCGGCCAGGACACAUCCCCGGCGUGGGAUGGCGGAGCUGCCCUGAGCCCUGCGGCCGGAGCCCUGAAGUCCAUCAUGAAGAAGCGGGACGGUCCCCCCCGGAGCGAGGCUGAGGGCAGCAAGAAGAGCCUGCAGUUUGUGGGCGUGCUGAACGGGGAGUACGAGAGCACGUCCAGCGAGGAGGAGGAGGAGGAAGGAGACAGCUCCUCCGAGAAGGCUUCAGCUGACAGCUCCAACAGUGAGGAGCAGGGGGACACCGAAACCUCCGAGGAGGAGGCUGGGGAAGGCGAGCGUGAGCCAGGAUGGGAACAUGAAGGGGCCAGCGUGACCCUGCCGGAGCCCCCCGAGGUGAAAGAGAAGUUCGAGCUGAGCCCCAGGAUGCGGGAGGCCUGCCUCAUCGUCAAGACCCACCUGGGCCACCCCGGUGCCACCAAGAGCAAAGAGGCGCUCGCCAGCAGCAGCCUGGUCCUGCAGGAGUGGUUCCGUCUGUCCAGCCAGAAGUCGUCCGUCCCCGACACGGUUGCCAACCACCUCCUGGCCUUCGCCGAGGUCUCGCCAGCUCUCCUGGCCCACGUGGUGAACCUGGCAGAUGGGAAUGGCAACACGGCCCUGCACUACAGCGUCUCCCACUCCAACUUCCACAUUGUGCGGCUGCUGCUGGACACGGGGGUCUGUAAUGUGGACCACCAGAACAAAGCUGGCUACACAGCUCUCAUGCUGGCAGCGCUGGCAGCCGUCGAGCAGGAGGACGACAUGAACGUGGUCAGGAGGCUCUUCAGCAUGGGCAACGUCAACGCCAAGGCCAGCCAGGCUGGCCAGACGGCGCUGAUGCUGGCCGUCAGCCACGGCCGGCAGGAGAUGGUGGAAGCCCUGCUCGCCUGCGGAGCCGAUGUGAACCUGCAGGAUGAGGAGGGCUCGACCGCGCUGAUGUGCGCCUGCGAGCAUGGCCGCGUGGAGACAGUGAAGCUGCUGCUGGCUCAGCCCACCUGCAACAUCUCCAUCGUGGACAGCGACGGUAACAACGCCGUUGCCAUUGCGCUGGAGGCUGGCCACAGCAACAUCGCCGUGCUCCUCUACGCCCACCUCAACGGCACGAAGGCGCAGCUGCCCCAGGGGACGUCACCGGCAGCUAUGAAGAGCCCUGGGAGCCCAAAGAAACCAAAUUAGAGUGACCUUGGGAUCCAGCCAGGGGCCAGCCAUGUGCCGGCCAGCCACCAUCAGCACUGGGCUGUAAUUUAUGUCCCCUCGCCUGCCACUCCUUUGUGUGCCAAAUCGCUCUCUGCAGCUGCAGAUGCUUUAAUCCUCCUCUCAAUAGAGCAGGCGCCGUCCCUGGGCCUCACUCACCCAUCUCCACUGCUGGAAGCGGCCCGUGCACGGCCACCUCGCUCCACUACGUGACAGAGGAGCCAAGCAUCGAGUGACCUUGGGGUGGGAAAUGCAGCAAGCGGAAGCCAGCCCCGUUCCCUCUGCUGCCCGUCAGCCCUGCUCCUGCUGACCACUGGAGCUGCGCCACCUCGGAGCCCUCUGCAAGUUGUUAACUCACUGGAACAGCAGAAAAUGCACCCAGCAGAAAUAGCACCUGGUUUCUGCUCUCUUAGCCAGCUCCUGGCAGCUCCGGCGAGGCAGGGGAGCCGGUGACAGGGAGCCGGGCUGCAGGAGGGCAAGCGUUGGCUCCUGGACCCUGCUGUGCUGCACGGUGCCAGCGGGGAAGCGGUGCUCAGGAGGCGAGUCCUGCGCAGCAACAGGAGAGGGGACACAAACCAGCUGGUUAACGCUGCCCCAGACACGGGCUGGGAGCACUUCCAGACUGAAAUACUUGCCCUUCUUUUCUGGCAUUUCCUUUCCUGGCUGAAAUCUGAAUUUUUUCUAGCACAUGCACACAAAGCAAAAAAAUUAUAUUGCUUAGUCAAAGGAUGGAGUUCAACAUGAAAUCACUCUGUGAUUUGCUCAAUGGGAGCAAAACUGGGCACUUGGGGCGGCAGCCAAGCUGACAGAAGGGGGCCAAGAGCCAUGAACGCAUUUAGGGACUGAGGCUGCCCAGCCGAUACCCCACACGGGGAGCGGGGACCUUCUCCCAAGGGAAAGGUAGCAAUUACCUCCUAAACAUUUCCCAUUUUAAACACUCAUAGCCACUGACUGCAAAGGCAACCAGAGCCCGCAACGAAGUUCCUCUCUGCCCACUUUCCUUCCCAAAGGGGAGGAGAGCAGCUGAGGAUAGCUCUGGGAAAAAAAGAUCGGCAAGAAGAGCUCAGAGAGAGCCUAGGGCCCACGGAGAUGGACGCGUAUGUCGGAGGACGUGUGUGUGUCUGUGCAAGUGUGUGUGCACCAGGUGGGGUGGGAACAGACAAGGUAAGGACUAAGGACCGGGAGGAAAAAGGCUUUUGCACGUGAAGCCGGCUCCGCUCUGAAUCCUUCACAAAGGUAACGCGUGUUGCAGCCCCCACUUCUGCUCCUUGGCCCAGGCUCCCCCACCAUCACUCCUGCCUCACCCAGGCCUGGUGUGAGCCGUACUGCGAGCUGGGAAACGCUCCCCAAGAGACUUGUUCUGGGCAACACGCUGCUGUCCUCGCAGUGGGCCUGUUUUCAGCUUUGCACUGAAGUUAAUAUACAAUGCUCACAGCCACUCUCUAGUACACUGCUCUGUAUGUAUUCCGUACUCACUGCUUUGGUCUCACAGGUUUGUUUACUGGUAUUUUAAUACUGAUGUUUAUUUUUAAGGUUUAAAUAAAAUUUAAAGUAAAAUUAUUUUGAAAUAUUACAGCGACCAUCA